AUGACCGACCUAGCCUCGGGUUCCCAAAGAUACUCUAAUCCUAUUGUGUUUUUUGACAUUGCUCUCAGUGGUGUGCCGCUAGGACGUGUUAAAAUGGAGCUGUUUGCAAAUAUCACCCCGCGGACAGCAGAAAAUUUCCGCCAGUUCUGCACAGGAGAGAGCAAAAAUCCUCUAGGGCGACCACAAGGUUACAAGAAUAGCAAAUUUCAUCGAGUAAUCAAAGAUUUCAUGAUACAGGGUGGGGAUUUCGUUAAUGGUGACGGUACAGGGUCAUGUUCCAUCUACGGCACCUCGAAAUUUGCAGAUGAGAAUUUUAUAUUAAAACACGACCGGCAGGGGUUGUUAAGCAUGGCAAACUCUGGUCCUGACACAAAUGGAUGUCAAUUCUUUAUAACAACUACAGCAACCCCUUUCCUGAACAAUAAACAUGUUGUUUUUGGUCGAGUGGUUGAUGGGAUGGAUGUAAUUCAAAUGAUUGAAAAUACUCGCACAACUCGCGACAAGCCAAACCAGGACUUCACAAUUGUGCAAUGUGGAGAAAUGUAA